CAUUGCCACAAUCUAUGCUGACCUCGGCGCAGAUCGAAGAGUUCCGCCGGAAUGGCGUUCUUGUGGUGCCCAAUGUGCUCAACGAGGCCGAGAUUCAGGCAGCACGGGAAGGCUUGCAUGCUGACCUGAAGUCCUACGGCGUGGAUCACGACAACCUUGGCGACACGGCACACAAUUUACGAAAUCUAUCGAGUACGGGCGGUGCUGGCGGCAUCCUCGACUUGUUUUACCCAUCGUGGCGUCUCUCUGUCGCAGAGCACGAAGGUGUGUUUGCCGUCAUCUCGGACCUCUGGGACGCAACGUAUGCCAAUGCCACCGACCCCGCCGACUUGUUCUACCAUCCGUUCGAUCGGUUUCCAGGAAAGCAAGGCUUCAUGUACAUCAACCGCGUAUGCUACCGCGUUCCGGACGCGAUCUCCACGAUGCCAUUGGACCAAGAAGGCGUCUCAAGGAAGAAGAAGAAGUCGUUGCAGCGGUCGCUGACCCCACACAUUGACUGCUGCCCCACCAAUUUGUACGAGAGCGGCAAAGUGUUUCCACGGUGGCGACCCAUUCAAUGCAUUACGGUGCUCACGCCCAACUUGGAUCCGUCGACGGGCGGAUUCGAGGCCGUUGCUGGGUUUCACAGGGAAUUUUCCUCGUACUUCAAAGGGACGUCCGCAGCCGACACUGGUCGACCCCCCGUUUGCCUGGGGGAUUUUUCCCCAUUGCGCAUGCAGGAAGACAAAGCCGUGAUCGCGCGCUACAAACACGUUCCUGCCGACGCCGGCAGCGUCAUCCUGUUUGACUGGCGAAUUCCACACGCCAACAGCUACCGCCACGUGGGGAAUAUUCCCCGCGAAGUCGUCUACACUGGGUUUCUUCCCAACGUGCCCAUGAAUCGAACGUACGCCGUUGAGCAAUUAAGGCGGUACCUUGCCCGCCUCCUCCCGGCCGACCACUGGCAAAAGGACACGACCGACAAAGCUGUGGACGAAACGUUUUCCAAGCACGAGUUUACUGCACUUGGCAGGAAACUCAUGGGCUUGGACCCCUGGCCUGAGCACAGUCCAAUGUGAACAUAACUAACGAUAAAGUUUUACACGUAACGGUACCGGUAAUAAGGAGAUUUCGCAAUGAACGAUAUACAGU